UGACACUUUCGUUACACUCUCUGUAAUAGUUUAGAGAGCCCCGUGAACGUUCUAUCGCUGCGAGGAGCUUGUCUAGAUAUCACUGUUGAUUGUCGCCAUAUUGCAUGUAAACAAACAGGUACCAGGUGCCCUCGUGCCUCUAAAGUUUCAGUGGAUCAACUAGUCAUUGCAGGCUGGUCAUGUGGCAGUACCUGUGGGCUCACGGCGUGUACCACCUGGUCAGGUGGUUUCCCCGCAACAAUAGGACUAAAAUCUUCUUCCUGGUAAUGCUGCUGACCGCCGCCCUCCUGGUGCCGCAGAUUGUAGUGUUGCUUCUUGACCACUCCAGUCGCUGGUGUCAGUACAAGCUCUUCGACUUCCUCAUCGUGUCCAUCGUGUUCACCUUGUUCCUCAUUGGGUUCACCUUCCUGUUCAUGGUGAUGAUGCCGGUGCCGAGAGCCGUGAAGUUCGGGUUCCACAUGUUCGGGGGCAUCUCGCUCGUCAUCAGCCUGGCUCAAGUUAUCCUGACCUCCAAAGCUGAGUCUUGUAGUAGGACCACGGAAUCCCUGUACACGCUAUCAGUGGUGCUGGCCAUCUUCUCCGCCAUUAGCAUGUGUAUUUUCGGUUUGAUGGCUCCAUUUUGGAUUGCAAAUCGUGUGAAGAAAGACAGUGUUCUGAAUGUCCCCCAACAUACAGGAGUUUGUUACGAGCCCGUCAAGUGCUGCUCCUGUCUCUGGCACAUCUAACAUUCACAAGACAGGAAGUCAUUCUGCAUAAAUCCGUACAGUGUUUGAAAUAAUUUUAAAACCCAACAAGACAGAAGGGCAUGUGACCUACAAAUGUUCCCUGUCCACAUUCAGACUUUAUGAAUAUUGAAAAAAGGCUAAUCGCAUCUUGAUUCAGUAGAAAUAAUGCAAUCUACUUGAGAAUCUACAAGGAGUUAUUAUAAGACUGAAUGGGUAAGUGGCCUUAACAUGGAAUGCCAAGUCUACAGUAUUGUUGUUACCGCUUGAUAAGUUUUUAAUUUCAAAGGUAGGGCUACUCACAUUAAUUUCAUGACAUAUUUUAGGCCAUAAACUUCAUGAUUUACUGUAGUAUUUACAUAUAUUGUAGCAGGACUUUGAUGUAAACUCUUGUCAACGAUGUGGUACCAUUUGGGCCAUAGAUACGUGAUGCAGCAAUAAUUUAUACAAUCAUUACAACCAGUAUUAUAAAAAAAAUGAAUGCUUGUACUUUUGGGAGUAACCGCUUACUGAUGAAGAACAUCGAGCCCUACUUUCUCUACA